GAGGGGACGUCCCUGUCCCUCUUUGUGACUCUGCCUCACAUGAGCAUUGUGGGGUCAGGAUGGAGCCAGGAGAGCCAGGCAAAUGUUUUAGCCGCUUUAUCCAGAGACUCACCCAGGGAGCCAAAGAAGUGACCCACUGCUCCCCUUAUGUUCCCCUCUUCUUGACUCUUUAGGCUCCUUCCCCUCUCCCAUGAGCUUGAAACUCCUCCCCUGGCAGACUCCCUGCUGGUCUCGAAGCCAGGACACUGCCACCGCAGCCACCCAUUUCUCCUCCCCUUCCAGGCCAGAAAACCCUCCCCCACAAGUCCUGGUGGCCAUAUUGAGCCCUCAGCCAGGUGCAGGCACUCUCCAAAUGCCGGUCCACAUCCGCUGAUAUCAAGAGGCCCUCAGGGGGAUCAGAGCAGGGGGCUGAGAAGGCCAUAAAUAUGCCCAGAUGCAAGGGGAAAGGACAUUAAAAAGAAUAAAUGUCCCAACCAGGGAAAGUCCCCAAAACCCAGCGGAGAUCAGAAGGAACCUCGAGGAGGGCACCUUAUUGGUCUAGCCAAGAUAGAACCAGACUAAAAGGGGACACUGACUCUCUCUCCCUGUUCCUCUGCUUAAUAGGUGUGAGGGAUUCUCCCUCAUUUCCCAGGUUAACAGCCAAAAUUGGAGCCAACUGUGGUUAGUCUACCUCGGGACAGGGACUUUAAGGAAUAUCCCCAAGCAGUUGCUGCUUCUGCCUUCCCCUCCCCCUCAUGUUUCUGCACCAACUUGGGUGUAGCCCUAUACCAUCCUCAGUGUCUCAAGCACCAUUGGUUCCUCUUCCCACCCUCCAGGUCAAAGAGCAAAGUGCACCCCCCUUGGACCACCUAUAUCUCCGGUGCCCCAAAUGAAGAUUGACAAUGGGGGAAUACUGACUUUUAGGAGGAUGCAGUUACCGGAAACCUGCCCCUUUCCAAGACUUGGAGGUGGACUUUACAGAUAUACAACCAAAUAGAGGAUUCAGUUUCAGGUAUCACCCCAUGGGUCCAUCACUCCAGAGCUAAGAAGACCAAUUCAGAGGAACCUUCAAUCUGGCGAAGUGAUCCAGAUCCAGUCAACCCACUUAAACUGACCCUCAAAAAGGCACUAGCCCCUCAGAUCUCCAGCCCUGCUCCAGCCACACCCCAGAAGUUGGCUGGCCUGCACACGGCAGAAGCUUGAGGAAUCAACAUAUGGACCGAGCCCAGGGGUUUGGAUGCAACUCUGCUAGCCCUUGUCCCUUACUGGUGUCAUAGACCUGAUCUUACUUCUUGCUAUUGGGCUGAUAGAGAUUGCACCAACAAGCUGGGCAUGGGACAAAAGAUGUACACUGGGUCUCACAUACCUCCUCUGGAUGGGAAGAUUAUUAAGUAUUGCCUGUAUAUUAUGAUAACUUCUCUCAUCCUCACAACUGCUGCUUACCCACUUUGCCCCCAGGAUUGUUAUAUGACAAUAAGGGGGUCAAGAGCAUUCAGCGCCUUCACCUCUCUCCACAAAGAGUGCUACAAGAGAAAAACACCCACUCUCUGUCAGUCACCUGGUGCCCCAAGGACUAAGUAUUGGACUGUAGAGAUAACCCCAAAAGUCAGGAACCCAUGUUACAACAAGGGCCUCCAGAGAGGGAAGCUUGCUACACUUACCUUCCUCAAUGGGGGAAUCUUGGACGGGGGAGGGGUGCAAGACAGGGCCCUUCAAAAAGUUAUAAAGGAUACCCAGGAUAGGGGAAUACAAGCCAUAAAGGUGACCACUCCCCUGGCAGCCUACCAAGGUUUGAACCUUUCAGCCCUCAAUCAGAUGCUUACCAAUUUCCCACUCCAACGUUGGACUAACACUACUCUACACGUCCUCCAUAAAAUAGAUAAUCACACCCAAACCUGCUGGAUGUGCUUGCCCUUCAGCCAGAGGGCUUAUUUAGCCACUCCCAUCCCUUUGACCUGGGAAGCUCCUGAAAAUCUCAAAACCAACACCUCUGUCUUAAUUGGACCCCUGGCCACUGGGGUCCAUCUCACAAAUGCCAACAAUCUAAUCUGUACAGUCCCUGAAGGUAUGAAUGGUACCUCUCUAUACAGAAGAAAUAUAACCUUAAAGAAGAAUACAACCCUAUGUUCAACCCCUGGGGUGUUCUACCUAUGUUCUAAUUCAGCCUACCCAUGCUUAGAGGCCAACUGGACUCAGAUAUGUUAUUCCAUCUUCCUAACCCCAGAGAUAUCUGUAUACACUGAAGAUCAACUCCUAACAACCUUUAGCCCCACCUCCUGGGCUAAAUGGGCAAUCCUGCUACCCAUUCUGAUAGGAGCAGGAAUUGAAACAGGAAUAGGAACUGGAAGAGGGGGCAUAGGUUCAUCUGUAGGACUAUACCAUAGACUAUCUCAAGAGCUAAAUGAAGGCAUGGAACAGGUGGCAGAUUCUCUGGUAACCUUACAAAGCCAAAUAAACUCUCUGGUGGCAGUGACCCUCCAAAAUAGGUGAACCCUCGACCUCCUCACUUCAGAAAAAGGAGGGACCUGCAUCUUUCUGGGGGAGGAAUGUUCAUAAACCAGUCAGGAAUAGUUACAACUAAGGUUAAGGAAUUCAAGGAAAGACUUCAACAUUGACAACAGGAAAAUAUCAAUCAAUGGAAAGGAUGGGAUCUCACAGACUGGGCAUCCUGGCUUCCUGCCCUGGUGGGGCCCCUCCUCUCCAUAAUUUGUAUCCAUCUGCCCCUGUAUACUGAAUGCCAUGGUACGUUUUAUUGAAAACACUGUUGUUCGCCAAACUACUGCACAUAUCUUAGCCUUCCUAGAGUACCAACCUGUAAAACUGAAAGGUGAUGCCUACUAAAAGUUUUUUUUAAAAGGUAUCAAAGGUGGGGGAUGUUGGAGAAGUGGAUAAAGUACACCGAAGAUGGCUGAUUGGACUAGAACAAACUCUGGUCUCUAGCUUAAAGACCCCUCCUCCGGUUUCUUCUUCCUUUGUUUGCUGUGCGCGAAAACCGCUACAGAUAUGGAGGCUGUCGGCUAUAAAUUACCCUCCCCACUUGCAUUCCAGGUUCAGACCUUUGGA